GAAGAUGUUUUCCACUUGAUCUCAGGGAUGUCAGUAGCUUAACUGAGGAUCGUAUCGGAUCUGAACGACAAUGGCUGAAAACGGAGAAGAAAAACUCAUGGCCGUGGCUCGCCAUAUCGCCAAGUCUCUAGGGCAUAACGAGAACAUGGCCGAUGAAAUCCUUCAGAUGUUCUCCACCUUCGAUGGCCGCUUCUCCCGGGAGAAAUUGUCCGACAACAUUCAAGGCGAUGAUCCCCGAAGUUACGCUGCCUUGGAUCAUACUGUGAAAUCGCUUCACCGGCGGAUCUCCCGGUAUGUGGCGGCUGACCACCCCCACCAGCCCAUCUGGUCCGAUUCCGCCGAUGCGGCCGUCUUCCUUGACGCCGUGGAUGAAUUACUCUCUACUAUUAGGGAUUGGGAUUCCUUGGCCUACGAGAAAUCCGUCCCGGCCUUCUUGGAUCGCCUCGAUGAUCUUCUGCAGCAGGCGAUGUUUCGACUUGAAGAUGAGUUCCGACUGCUUAUCCAACGGAGCGCCGAGGCGUUUGAGCUUGGUCGUUUGAGCGAUAAUUCUGAGACCACUGGGACUGGGAAUUUCUCGUUUGGCUCGGACGACGACGACGAUGAAGAUGGGUAUGGGGACGUCAACGGAGAGGGAGAGGAUCGUAUCCCCGUCGCCCAUCCGGUCUCAGAUUACGACGUUUUGAUCGAUGCCCUUCCCUCGGGGACCAUCAACGAUCUCCAUGAAAUUGCCAAGCGUAUGGUAGCCGCUGGGUUUGGCAAGGAGUGCUCCCAUGUGUACAGUAGCUGCCGAAGAGACUUCUUGGAAGAGAGCAUCUCCAGGUUAGCGCUGCAGAAGCUGAGCAUCGAAGAGGUUCAGAAAAUGGAGUGGUCAGAGCUCGAAGACGAGAUCGAGCGUUGGGUCAAGGCUGCCAAUGUGGUCCUUCGGAUUCUUUUACCCAGUGAACGGAGACUUUGUGAUCGGGUCUUCUUUGGCCUCUCCUCGGCUGCCGAUCUCUCUUUCAUGGAGGUCUGCAGGGGAUGCACGAUCCAGCUCUUGAAUUUCGCUGACGCAGUUGCCAUUGGGAGCAGAUCCCCUGAACGCCUCUUCAAAAUCGUCGACGUCUUUGAUACCCUAAGGGACCUGAUGCCCGAAUUCGAUGCCAUGUUCUCGGAUCAGUACUGCUUGUUCCUACGAACUGAAGCGGCGAUGAUAUGGAAAAGGCUUGGUGAAGCAAUCAGAGGGAUCUUCAUGGAAUUGGAAAAUCUGAUCAGACGAGAUCCCGCAAAGACCGCAGUGCCCGGUGGCGGCCUUCAUCCAAUUACUAGGUACGUGAUGAACUACCUCCGCGCGGCCUGUGCAUCACGCCAGACCCUCGAACAGGCUUUCGAAGAAAACUUCCCCUACGCUGGAGAUUAUAGGAACUUUGAUAACAUCGAUCAAUCCACGUCUUCGACUUUAUCAGUUCAAAUGGCUUGGAUAAUGGAGCUCCUAGAGAGUAAUUUGGAAGCGAAAUCGAAGAUAUACCCAGACCCAGCUCUGGGCUCUGUUUUCUUGAUGAACAAUGGUAGGUACAUCGUUCAGAAGGUGAAAGAUAGCGAAUUGGGUUCUCUGCUUGGCGAAGAUUGGAUUCGUAAGCAUACUGGGAAGGUCCGCCAAUAUCAAGUGAACUACCAGAAAAACUCAUGGAGCAAGGUUUUGGGAGUGUUGAAGAUGGAUACUGGCUCACAUUCCAAGCUCAAGGUCUUCAAUUCGCAGUUUGAGGAAAUGUGCAAAACACAAUCAACAUGGGUUGUCGCUGACGAGCAGCUUCGGACAGAGCUUAGGAAUUUUGUUGCUGAGAAUCUGCUGCCAGCGUAUCAGAACUUCUUAGCAAGUUUGCAGAAUCCUCCUGGAGUAAAGAGGCAUAAGGAAAAUUAUAUGAGGUUAAGUUCGGAGGAUAUUGAGGCUUGGAUUAAUAAGUUAUUCCAUGGAGGUGGUGGAUCUUCAGGUGGCCGGAAUUGAGGAAGGAGACACUACUGUUGUUGUAUGUUAAUUUUGUUAGUUUUUUUUUUUUUUUUUGUUGCUAAACUGUGCUUUUACAAUGAUGAGUGAUUGCUGGUCUUGUAUUUGGUUUUUGUGUUGCCAAAUAGUUUGUGUAUAACACCA